AUGGAGUCAGAGGAUGAUCAGGUUUAUAUUCCUCAAGUAAAAGCAGAGUUGAUGCCUAAAUUACACCAAGAGUUUGAAACAAUAGAUGAGGUUGCUACUUUCUACAAUAGAUAUACAAAAGAAGCAGGGUUCAGUAUUAGAAGUCAUUCUAGUGCAACCAACAAAGAUAAUACCCAACUUAUGAGGAAGGAGUAUGUUUGUUAUAAGCAAGGAACUUCCAAGGUUCAAGGAGAAAAAUGUAAGAAAGGAUUACCACAAGUGGGUUGUAAAGCAAGAAUUGCAGUUGUGAGAAAGGAGUCUGGAAGAUAUGCAAUCUCUGUAUUUGUCGAAGGUCACAACCACCCAUUAACAAGCCCACCUAGAGGACAUUUGUUGAGAUCUCACCAUCGUGUUUCAAAAGUUAACACAGUUCUAUCACAACAACUAAGCUUGGAAUUUCUGAAGGGUAUGCCAGGAAAUGCCCCAGAAAAUGCCCCCAAAAUGAUUAUUACUGACAAAGAUCCUGCUAUGACUAAAGCGAUUUCAGAAGCACUCCCACAAACAUUUCAUAGAUAUUGCAGUUGGCACAUUCUAAAUAAGUUUUCUGAGAAGCUAGAUGCAAUUAAAUAUCGGGAUUACUACCAAGACUUUUAUAGCUGCAUAUGGAAUUCAAGUAGUACAGAGGAGUUUGACUCAAGAUGGACUGAAAUUAUUGAGAAAAGUAGGUUGAGUGAUAACAAGUGGUUGCAGUCAAUAUAUGAAAUUCGUUCAUCAUGGAUACCAGCACAUUUUGAGAGGGGACUUCUUCAUCAACGCUAUCAUGAGUUAGAGAAGGAUCAUAUCAAUAUUGAUGAGAAGGCAAGAACUGUCAUGUCACUUGACAUUGAAGAUCAUAUGGCCAAGAUUUAUGCACGUAAGAUAUUUUAUGAAGUUCAAGAACAGUUGAGAGAGAGCUUCAAAUAUAAACUAGAACUUCUAAGAGAAAAUGUCACUCAUUGUGUAUUUAAGGUUAUGCGAAAGAACCUUGAUACUAUGAAGUCUCGUGAACUGACUUAUGAAAAAGACUCUGAUUUUGCAUCAUGCAGCUGUAGAAAGUUUGAGAGUGAAGGGCUGUCGUGUUCACAUGUUUUUUCAUAUUUGAUUAAAAUCCAAGAUGUUGAUAAAUUGCCUACUCAGUACAUCUUGAAGAGAUGGACUAAAGAUGCAAGACAGAGUCUUGUGUUAGAUUCUGAUGGAAUGGAAAUUAAAGACAACAAAGCUUUACUUGCAAGGAGGACUAAACUAUUGCAGCAUGCUACAAAUGCAAUUGAUAAGGCAAUGGUGAGUGAGGAGGCUAGCCAGCUCUUUAUGAAAUCCUUGGAUGCUUUCUUGGAGAAUAUUAAAACAUUGAUUGGUAACGAAAGCCAACAAAAUGUAGUAGUUCUGGAGACCAAGGUUGAUAAUGUUCAGCAUAUUUUUAAUGAACCAGAUCAAGUGAGGGCAAAAGGGUGUGGAAGAAGGUUGAAGAAAGGAAAAGAGAAGAGGAAAGUUAAGGUAAAGGACAGUCAAGGUAGGCAAUGCCAUGGAUGUGGACUAUUUGGCCAGUCACAUGACAAAAGAAAUUGUCCAACACUUCAUGGAAAACCUGCUAUUAACAAAGAUGGGGAGUCAAGUUCCACCAAUAUGGAUGAGGAGUCAAGUUCAACAUGCUCUUUGUGA